AUGUUGAAGGAGUUGAACCAGCAACGCAGAGCGAAAGAAUUUACAGACCUGAAAAUAAUUGUUGAAGGCAAAGAGUUUGAAGUCCACCAAAAUGUUCUAGCUUCCUGCAGCUUGUAUUUCAAGGACCUGGUCAAAAGGUCUUCGGGGGAAACGCGGAGUGGCGAACCGCUGGAGCUGAACAUGAGUAACAUCACGGCAGAGGUCCUGGAGCAGCUGCUUGAAUUUGUCUACACCGGGUCCCUGGUCAUCGACUCUGCCAACGCCAAGACGCUGCUGGAGGCGGCCAACAAGUUUCAGUUCAACACCUUCUGCAAAGUCUGCGUCUCCUUCCUAGAGAAGCAGCUCACAGCGUCGAACUGUCUGGGAGUGUUGGCUAUGGCUGAGGCCAUGAGCUGCACUGAGCUGCACAACAUGGCCAAGGCCUACGCUCUGCAGAACUUCCCCGAGGUGGCAGGGAAGGAGGAGAUCUUGAGCGUGUCCAAAGAAGACCUGGUGUCGUAUCUGUCCAAUGAUAGUCUCAACACAAAGGCUGAAGAGCUGGUCUACGAGACGAUCAUCAAGUGGAUCAAACAGGACUCCACCAGCAGAGUACAGCAUCUGUCGGAGCUGUUGGCCGUAGUGCGCCUCCCGUUCAUCCAUCCCUCUUACCUGCUCAACGUGGUGGACAACGAGGAGCUGAUCAAGUCCUCUGAAGCCUGCAGAGACCUGGUGAAUGAAGCUAAGCGCUACCACAUGCUGCCUCACGCCCGACAAGACAUGCAGACGCCGCGCUCCAAGCCUCGGCUAUCAGCUGGUGUGGCAGAGGUUGUGGUUCUGGUGGGGGGGCGGCAGGCCAUCGGGAUGAGCCAGCGCUCCCUGACGGCGGUGACCUGCUUUAACCCCCAGAACAGUAAGUGGUACCCUCUGGCCAGCCUGCCCUUCUACGACCGCGAGUUCUUCAGCGUCAUCUCUGCAGGGGACAACAUUUACCUGUCAGGCGGCACAGAAUCUGGCGUGAUGCUGUCUGACGUCUGGUGCUACAUGUCUUUGCUGGACAACUGGAACCUGGUGUCGCGGAUGACCGUUCCACGCUGUCGACACAACAGCCUGGUGUACGACGGAAAACUCUACGCCAUCGGAGGUCUGGGUGUAUCUGGAAACCUGGACCACGUGGAGAGGUACGACACCAUCACAAACCAGUGGGAGACGGUCUCCCCUCUGCCUAAGCCCGUGCACUCUGCUGCGGCCACCGUCUGUGGUGGAAAAGUCUUUGUGUUUGGAGGAGUGAACGAGGCCGGGCGCUCUGCGGGAGUCCUGCAGUCAUACGUGCCCCAAAGCAACACGUGGAGCUUCAUCGAGUCGCCCAUGAUCGAUAACAAAUACGCUCCGGCCGUCAGUCUGAACGGCUUCAUCUUCAUCCUGGGAGGAGCCUACGCCCGGGCCACCACCAUCUACGACCCCAACAAAGGCAACAUCAAAGCCGGACCCAACAUGAACCACUCUCGCCAGUUCUGCAGUGCCGCGGUGCUGGACGGUAAGAUCUACGCCACGGGGGGCAUCGUCAGCAGCGAGGGUCCUGCUCUGGGAAACAUGGAGACGUACGACCCCAGCACCAACCAGUGGACCCCGGUUCAGUCCCUUCCCUGCCCCUUGUUCCGGCACGGCUGCGUGGUCAUCAAGAAAUACAUCCAGAGCGGCUGA